AUGGCAGGUGCACUUCCGGAGUCAAUCGUGAUCGCGAUCACCCUGAAUACAGGAGAGUAUUAUGUGUGCCGCAAUGUGAGGAACGGGUUGGUCCAGGGCGGAAGCAAGGACCUGUCGGGUCCGGAGGUGAAGAUCCAAGUGGAACGAGCAGAAGUAGACAACGAUCACGUUCACCUCCGAUUCAUCCACAGCAACAGAUAUUGGCAGCAAAGAUCAGCGAGCGAUAGCGACAUCGUUGCCGUGUUAAAAGAGCCGGAUGAGAAUAAGGAGAAGGCGACAUGCACGCUCUUCAAGCCGAGGGUGGAAUCCGAUGUGCUCUUCUUGAACCACGCCCAAACCGGCCGGGGUGUGGCGUUUGACCAUUCCAGGGGAUUUCUCAGCCUCAACCGAUCCAGCGUCGCCGACCCUCUGAGGUUCGUGGAUGCGGAGACAUUGGUUAAACUGCCCAAGCACGUCGCUUUCAAGGCGGUCUACAAUGAUUGCUUCCUCAAAGCUGAAUACUAUAGAGACCACACAGUCUCCUUCAUCAGCGGCUUCCCCAUAGACUACAGAUACUUCCGCUUCAAUUCCUCCGAUCCGGACGAAGUCGCUUCCGGCUACGAGGUGGUUCCGAUGGAGGACGGGCAUGUGAUGAUAAAGUCAGAUUACUAUGACAAGUUCUGGCUGCAAACCAACUCUUGGAUUGAAGGGGCUAAUAGCGACGUGGCGACGGCCAGCAACAAAUCCGCACUCUUCUGGCCCGUGAAGAUAAGUGACAACGUUAUCGUGCUGAAAAGUGCAGCCAACCACAUGUUCUGCAAGGGCCUCUCGCUCGACAACAAGAACGACUGCCUUAACGCCCACGACCCCAACAUGUCCAAAUACACAAAACUGGAAGUGCACGAGCUGGUGACCAAGAGAAGCAUCCGCAACGUGAGGUAUCGGAUGGAGGACGCCAGGGUACAUGGCGAGGAGGCUGUUGUGGUGGACACGGUUUCGUUCGAUAACCCCACGGAUCAUGAGGUUACCGUGACUGAUUCAGUCGAAUACAAAACUGAGAAUUCCUACUCUUUUACUCAGGGCUUGUCGAUCACCUCAGGAGUCAAAGUCAGCAUGGAAGCUGAGCUGCCAUUCAUUGCGAAAGCAGGGAUUGAAGUGCACCAUGAGAUAACUGGGUCGUUCAACUGGGGCCACACCAAAAUGGAAUCAGUAACUCAUACGGGUUCAGGCUCAGUUCCUGUGCCGCCCAAGAGUAAGGUUAUAGUGGAUUGUGUCGUCACAAAGGGCACCUGCAAUAUCCCCUAUUCUUACACUCAGGAGGAUCACAGCUCCACCACCGGCGAAAUUCACCGUUCUGACCAUGUUGAUGGUAUCUACGAGGGAGUCAGUUAUUACAACUUCAACUUUCAAGUAGCAGAGACUCACAGUAUCUGA